AUGAAUAAUGGUUGUACGCCUCUUAUGCUAGCUAGUCAGGAUGGCCAUGAUGAUGUCAUUCAACUGUUACUGAAGUCAAACGGUAUUAUGACAAAUACCCAAAACAAAUAUGGAAGAACAGCCAUUUAUAUCGCUACCCAGAGAGGUCACUCUUCUGUUGUCACUCUCUUACUUAACAAUGGGGCAGAUCCCAACAUAGUGACAAUGAAGGCUGGACACCUCUUAUGGUAG